AAGUUUUUAAAAAGAGCCCUUGAUGAGUAUAUAGGAUAUAAAACCUUGAGACAAGAGGAUGGUCCUGUCUGGAAGCUGGUGCCGUCUGGCUGGUGGAAAUGUUGGAGUUGGGGAGGGUCGACUUUGAGCUGACAUUGAGGAUCCUGCGCUCCAUGUUCCAUUCCUUUCCCCGUCUUGUCUCCCUUCCUUUCUUUCAGCACCACUCCUUUAAGGACAGCGCCCCGCUCUCACACGCGCACGUGUCCUCCGUCUUCCCUCCUCAAGAUCUAAAGAUCGAGUCCAAAAAUUUCCACUUUCUUUUUGUAGCAUAAACGUGACAGGAAGGAACGUAAAAAUAAAAGCCUGAUGUGCCCCUGAGGAACUCAAAUCUGGCCAGGAUCAGGACUAUCGUUGUCGCUCGCCGCCGGUGAGUUGCGUCUGUUUCUGCUCCAUCACCUCCACCGCACGUCUUUUCUCGGUUGUCACCUGGGAGCUGUACGUAAAGGACGGCGAAACCGCGCUUUCUGCCUGAACCGGUGCUGAAAUCCGCCCUUCUCCACUGGUCAGGACAAUCCGACACCCGCAGUGACCAUGGCCACCAACGGCACCAAAGCAUCGGACGGACACGUCUUAACGGAGACCGUCAAUGACGCGCCCGCCGCCAUCAGCAUCACGCCAAACGACAAACCCAAAACCUUGGUGGUUAAAGUGCAGAAAACGAAACAGGAUCUUCCCGAGAGAGAAACGUGGGUUGGGAAAUUUGACUUUCUUCUCUCUUGUGUUGGAUACGCAAUCGGACUUGGAAAUGUCUGGAGAUUUCCUUAUUUAUGUGGAAAAAACGGAGGAGGGGCCUUCUUGAUUCCCUAUUUUUUGACGCUCAUAUUUGCCGGCAUGCCCCUGUUCUUUCUGGAGACGGCGCUCGGUCAGUAUACAUCUAUCGGUGGGCUUGGAGUGUGGAAACUGGCCCCUAUGUUCAAAGGUGUGGGCAUGGCUGCAGCUAUGCUUUCCUUCUGGCUCAAUAUCUAUUACAUUGUUAUCAUUUGCUGGGCUCUUUACUAUCUGUACAACUCCUUCACUACUGAGCUGCCAUGGCAGACAUGUGGUAACCCCUGGAACACGCCCAACUGCUACACCAACUACAGCAUCACCCACACCAGCGACCUCACCAGCGCUGUGGUGGAGUUUUGGGAACGUAACGUGCACCAGAUGACGGAUGGUCUGGAAAAGCCCGGGGAGGUUCGAAUCCCACUGGCGAUUACACUCGCAAUUGCAUGGGUGCUCGUCUACUUCUGCAUCUGGAAGGGGGUCAGCUGGACAGGCAAAGUGGUGUACUUCUCGGCCACAUACCCUUACUUUAUGCUCUUCAUCCUGUUUUGCCGCGGCAUCACUCUUCCCGGUGCCUUUGAUGGGAUCCUCUUCUACAUCACACCGGACUUUAAUAAACUUAAGGAGUCUGAGGUGUGGUUGGACGCUGCCACUCAGAUCUUCUUUUCCUACGGACUGGGAUUAGGUUCUCUGAUUGCUCUGGGCAGCUACAAUCCCUUCCACAACAAUGUGUACCGAGAUUCUAUCAUUGUCUGCUGCAUCAACUCCUUUACCAGCAUGUUUGCUGGUUUUGUCAUCUUCUCCAUCGUGGGAUUCAUGGCACAUGUAACAAAGAGGCCCAUCGCCGACGUGGCAGCCUCAGGACCUGGCCUGGCAUUUCUGGCUUAUCCCGAGGCGGUCACCCAACUACCCAUCUCUCCCCUCUGGGCUAUACUCUUCUUCUCCAUGUUGCUGAUGCUGGGGAUUGACAGCCAGUUCUGUACUGUGGAAGGCUUCAUCACUGCACUGGUUGACGAAUUCCCUCGGGUUCUCCAGAAGCGACGAGAGAUCUUCAUUGCAGUCGUCUGCCUCGUUUCCUACAUAAUUGGAUUGUCCAACAUCACACAGGGUGGACUCUAUGUGUUCAAACUAUUUGACUACUACUCUGCAAGUGGGAUGUCGCUGCUCUUCUUGGUCUUCUUUGAGUGCAUCUCUAUUUCAUGGGUCUACGGCGUGAACAAAUUUUAUGACAACAUUGAAGAAAUGGUUGGUUAUCGACCCUGCUUGUGGUGGAAAGCCUGCUGGGUUAUCUUCACUCCACUCGUUGUGGCCGGAGUGUUCUUGUUUAGUGCUGUGCAAAUGGUUCCUCUCACCAUGGGUGAUUACGUGUUCCCCGCCUGGGGUCAGGGGGUCGGCUGGUUCAUGGCCUUGUCCUCCAUGACCCUCAUCCCUGGCUACAUGGGCUACAUGUUCCUCACACUGAAGGGCACGUACAAAGAGCGUCUGAGGAUGAUGAUCAAACCUGUGGUACUGGUGAAGGCGCAGGAAAAUGGCCCGGAGCAGCAGAAAGAAAACCAGAAUCCAAAUCCUGCCAAUGAGGAAGCUUACAUUUAGAACCAUCUGCCAACUGGUCUGUCUUGACUGCCAGGCUGGCUUUCUACACCUUCAGAAUCGUAAUCGAGGUUGGGAACGACCACCAGACUUCUAUGUCUGCUAUUAUUCACCUACCUCCUGGGGACACACGUGACCAACCUGAUUACAGUUAUUUUUUUCUGUUUAUUUGUAUAUUAUAGAGUUAUAAAAUGUUUGAGAACAAAACAAACUACCCAGCAAAGUUGUUGUGAUUUUAUGACUUUGAUUAUGCAAAAAAGUUAGACUUUUUGAAAGAGGAAAAGAGAUUUAGAAAAUUGCUGUAUAUUGAAUAUAUAAUUUAAAAUUGGAGGCCCGCAGUGAUUCAGUAGUUGUGUGCUACUUUAAAUAUAGCAAUUAAUCAACUAAACUAUCAUUAUUGUACAGAAAUACCGCUUACGUACACUUUACUUGUACAGUAAAAUAUUAAAUGAAUGCAGCAUAUCUAUGAAU